AGAUCCACUGCGGUAUCCAGAACUUUUGCUGAUUUCCUGUAAAUCAUGAUACUUCAGGGCUCUCUCUGCAUCACCUCUACUGAGGAGCCCUCCCUGUUAAAGCUGGGGUAGGUUGGCCAAAGAAGGGAACCAGGAUCGUUGAGCUUUCAGCACCCCAGCAUUUUUUUUAGUGACUGAAAUAAUGAAAAUUCUGAUCAGGCUCCUGCUUGUUUGCACAUUUUAACCACUAGCUUUUUGCCCAAUAUUCUCCUUGUUUCCAUAAUAUAAUUAUAAACUGUUGAUAUACUGCUUCCUCGUCAAGAACAAAGAGGUAACUUCAGGGUCACAAAAAUGUUUGCAGAAGGGAUGAAUACCUCGAAGGGCUUUGCAACCAGCUGCGGAUACCUGGACGUCUAAUUGCUCAAGGUAUUAUCUGAGACUGAAGAAACAGACUUUUCCCCUGGAUUAUUUGAAACUCCCCCUCUCUUAUUCUCCAGCAGUAUAAAAACUCCCCACUUUUUCCUUUUUACAGACGAAUUUGAGCGAUCUUGCUCUCCCUCCUUCUGGCUUUCAUCAAAUUGAAUGUCUUUCUCUAUCCCCAAGCACCAGUGUGUCAGUAUUUGACAUCAACUGCACCACUGAUACACGAGCCUGAAUUUGAGCUUCUACAAGAACAUUCCUUCCUAGGCCAAACACCGACGCUAAGAAAUACGAGAACAGAUCAUCGCUAAACAGCAGCUGAAGGCCAGGCGAACUGACUCGCUGCGGAAUUUGUCUUUGCACGUGAUCAGUCGGGCGUCUAUACCCGCAGCCGUCUUCUGACUCCUCCUCACCCUCAGGCCUGACGGUCCGAGUGGAGCUGCGGGACAGCCCGAGCCUCCGGGUCAGCCCCGCGGUCCUCCAUGGCGCUGCUGCACGCGCUUGUCUGCUGCCUGCUGACUGCUUGGCACUGCCUCUCCGGCCUCGGGCUGCCCGUGGCGCCUGCAGGCAGCAGGAAUCCUCCUCCGGCUGUAGGACAGUUUUGGCAUGUGACUGACUUACACUUAGACCCUACUUACCACAUCACAGAUGACCACACAAAAGUGUGUGCUUCAUCUAAAGGUGCAAAUGCCUCCAACCCUGGCCCUUUUGGAGAUGUUCUGUGUGAUUCUCCAUAUCAACUUAUUUUGUCAGCAUUUGAUUUUAUUAAAAAUUCUGGACAAGAAGCGUCUUUCAUGAUAUGGACAGGGGAUAGCCCACCUCAUGUUCCUGUACCUGAACUCUCAACAGAUACUGUUAUAAAUGUGAUCGCUAAUAUGACAGUCACCAUCCAGAGUCUCUUUCCAAAUCUCCAGGUUUUCCCUGCACUGGGUAAUCAUGACUAUUGGCCACAGGAUCAACUGCCUGUAGUCACCAGUAAAGUGUACAAUGCAGUAGCAAACCUCUGGAAACCAUGGCUAGAUGAAGAAGCUAUUAGUACCUUAAGGAAAGGCGGUUUUUAUUCACAGAAAGUUACAACUAAUCCAAACCUUAGGAUCAUCAGUCUAAACACAAACUUGUACUACGGCCCAAAUAUAAUGACACUGAACAAGACCGACCCAGCCAACCAGUUUGAAUGGCUAGAAAGUACACUGAACAGCUCUCAGUGGAAUAAGGAGAAGGUGUACAUCAUAGCACAUGUUCCAGUGGGGUAUCUGCCGUAUUCACAGAACAUCACAGCAAUCAGAGAAUACUAUAAUGAGAAAUUGAUAGAUAUUUUUCGAAAAUACAGUGACGUCAUUGCAGGACAAUUUUAUGGACACACUCACCGAGACAGCAUUAUGGUUCUUUCAGAUAAAAAAGGAAGUCCAGUAAAUUCUUUGUUUGUGGCUCCUGCUGUUACACCAGUGAAGAGUGUUUUAGAAAAACAGACCAACAAUCCUGGUAUCAGACUAUUUCAGUAUGAUCCUCGUGAUUAUAAAUUAUUGGAUAUGUUGCAGUAUUACUUGAAUCUGACAGAGGCGAAUCUAAAGGGAGAGUCCAUCUGGAAGCUGGAGUAUAUCCUGACCCAGACCUAUGACAUUGAAGAUUUGCAGCCGGAAAGUUUAUACGGAUUAGCUAAACAAUUUGCAAUCAUAGACAGUAAGCAGUUUAUAAAAUACUACAAUUACUUCUUUGUGAGUUAUGACAGCAGCGUAAUAUGUGAUAAGACAUGUAAGGCCUUUCAGAUUUGUGCAAUUAUGAAUCUUGAUAAUAUUUCCUAUGUAGAUUGCCUCAAACAGCUUUAUAUAAAGCACAGUUACUAGUAUUUCACAGUUUUUGUUAAUAGAAAAUGCUGCUCUGAUUCUGAGAUCAAUUUGUGGGAAUUUUACAUAAAUCUUUGUUAAUUACUGAGUGGGCAAGUAGACUUCCUGUCUUUGCUUUUUUCUUUCUUUCUUUCUUUGAUUUUUCUUUUUUUGAUACCUAAAUGUAGAUAUCUUUAUCAUUCUGAAUUGUAUUAUAUAUUAAAACUGCUCAUUAAUAGAAAAAUGGAUGUAAAUUGGAUGUAAAUAUUCAGUUUAUAUAAUUAUACCUAAUUUAUACCCUGUUGAAAUUGUCAUUUAUACAAUAAAGCAAAUUCUUUAUCUCUAAA